AUGCUCCGGGGACGGCGCGGCAGCCGGGUGAGAGCCCUGGAGGGCGGCCCGGAGGAAGAGGCGCCCCCGGCGGUGGCCGAGGUGCCCUCGGCGCUGUUACCGUCCCUGCAGCAGCCAGAGGCGACAGCCGAGCAGAUCCUGCUUCGGGGCAUUUUUGAGAUCGGGAGGGGCAGCUGCGACGUAGUGCUGAGCGAGCGGGCCCUGAGGUGGCGGCCCAUCGUGCCCGAGCGCCUGGCGGGUGAUCCCAAGCUUGAUUUGCUACAUAAAGAAGAAUUUAUUGAGCUAAAAGACAUAUUCUCUGUGAAACUGAAACGGCGUUGUUCUUCUAAACACCAAAGUGGUACUUUAUUAGGAAUCACCCUCUUCAUAUGUUUGAAAAAGGAACAAAAUAAAUUGAAGGAUUCUACAAUUGAUCUUAUUAAUUUAAGCGAAGACCACUGUGACUUAUGGUUUAGACAGUUCAAAAACAUUUUGGCAGUAACAGAAUAUGAAGGCCAUGCUCUGUCGCUGCUUAAAGAAUGUGAGCUCCAAGGAUUUGAUGGAUUUUCUAUCCUUUUGCUUAAUUUCUUUUCUUCUAGGGUUGUCUGUGUUGGAGGAGAUGGAUUUGCCAAUGAAGUAGCUCAUGCUUUGCUCCUGAGAGCCCAGAAGAAUGCUGGGGUGGAAACAGACUACCUCCUGACCCUUGUCAGAGCACAGCUUCCUCUCGGUGUAAUACCAGCAGGCUCUACUAAUGUAUUGGCACAUUCUCUUCAUGGAGUCCCUCACGUGGUAACGGCAACUUUGCACAUUAUCAUGGGGCACAUACAGCCAGUUGAUGUCUGUACCUUCAGCACUAUGGGCAAGCUCCUUCGUUUUGGAUUCUCAGCCAUGUUUGGCUUUGGUGGAAGAACUUUGGCUCUGGCGGAAAAAUGUCGGUGGAUGUCCCCUAACCAACGGAGAGAUUUUGCUAUAAUUAAAGCACUGGCAAAACUGAAGCCGGAGGACUGUGAAAUAUCAUUUUUACCAUUUAAAAGCACUCAGGAUUUACAAGAAAGGAGGGCACAGAGAUCUCCUGAAUCUGACUAUAGUGAACAAUGGCAAAUGAUCCAGGGUCAGUUCUUGAAUGUCAGCAUUAUGGCAAUUCCGUGCCUGUGUUCAGUGGCACCGAGAGGCUUGGCACCUAAUACCAGAUUAAAUAAUGGAAGUAUGGCCCUUAUAAUUGUACGAAACACUUCUCGACCAGAAUUUAUAAAACACCUGAAAAGAUAUGCCAGUGUAAGAAAUCAGUUCAAUUUUCCAUUUGUUGAGACUUACACUGUUGAAGAAGUGAAAGUUCAACGAAAGAAUAAUAUGAGUGGACACAAUCCAGAAGAGAAAAAUGAACCUCAUGAAUUUGUUCUAGAGAACAGUUUCCCUUGGAAUGUAGACGGUGAUUUAAUGGAAGUAACAUCAGAGGUCCAUGUUAGAUUGCAUCCAAGACUUAUUAGUCUUUAUGGAGGAGGCGCGGAAGCAAUGAAUGACUCCAAAGUGACGUGUAGUUGUUUAUAAAAGAAUGUGUAAACUAGAAUUUUAGUGUGAAAGAAUAUAGUUAUGCUUUAAACAGAUAUUCUAAUAGAAACAUAUUAUUUUUUUAAAAGGAAUUACAAUUGCUAUUUUGGUGUUACUAAAAAUAAACUUUGAGGGCUUUAAAAAAAUCAAGAUAAAAAUAAGAAAUGUAUCAAAACAAUUAAAUUCUGUUUUGGGAAAGUGUUUAUUAGAAUUAAAAUACGAAUUUAAGAAUCAUCAUGACACAUUGCAGGGAGUGCAACCAAUGUCACAAAACAAUUUGUGUAUAAAUUUUUGAAUAAGAAAUUAAUUUGCACCGCAAACUCUUAC